UCUAUUGUGAGUACACCCACCCCAGGCUAUGGAAACACAGGUAAACCAGCUCCUAUUGUGAGUACACCCACCCCAGGCUAUGGAAACACAGAAGAUUCCAGCGAGGAGGUUGAGGACGGAGGUUACAGAGGUGGAGGGGAUGAUGAGGAUAAAAGUGAUGAAGAUGAAGAAGAAGAAGGUUAUGGAGGAAAUGCAGAGGACAAAUCUAAAGAUGGAGAUGGUGGUUAUGGUGGUGGAGAUGGUGCUGCAGGUGGUAAAACUGGAGAUGGUGGAUAUGGUGGUAAAGAGGGUGCUGAUGGUAAGACUGAAGAGGGAGCUGGUGGAUAUGGCGGGGAUGAGGCAGGGGGAGAUAUAGAUGAUGCUGUGUGCACUGGAGACUGUUCAAAAACAAAACUUCCAUUAAAAUUUCAAAGCAGGUGUGGAAGAAGAAACCUUUAUGGACUUGGCGUUAGGGUCCAAAAUUACAAGGAUGGAGAGUCUCAGUUUGGUGAAUGGCCGCAUAUUUGUGCAAUUCUAAAAGUGCAGACCACCUCCUCAGGUUACGGGGUCUUUGAAGAGGUGAAAGUUUUUGCAGGCGGGGCUUCUUUAAUAGCACCAGGAGUUGUUUUGACAGCAGCCCAUAAAGUGAAAGAUUUUGUAAAAGAGCCAGGACAGUUGAUUGUAAGAUGUGGAGAAUGGGAUACACAAACCAACAGUGAACCUCUUCCUCAUCAAGAUCGGAAGGUUAAGGAAGUUGUUCUACAUCCUGAAUUCAAUAUAAAGAACCUGGCUAAUACUGCAUCAUUACUUUUCCUCGAGCAAGAUUUCAUUCUGGCCGAGCAUAUCGACACUAUAUGUUUACCUGAUAUAGGAGAAGAAUUUGUGGAUGAAUCUGAGUGUUUUGUAAAGGGUUGGGGCAAAGAUAAAUGGACUGAUGGUGAAUAUCAAGUUGUAUUGAAGGAGGUUUCCCUUCCAAUGGUAGAAAGACAGGAGUGCUUGAGCUCAUUGAAGAAAACCAGGCUUGGAAGAAAUUUCCGAUUGGAUCAAAGUUUUUUGUGUGCUGGAGGGGAGGUUGGUCAGGAUGCCUGUAAGGGGGAUGGUGGGGGACCUCUUGUCUGUCCAAUGAAAUCCAAUCCAGACAGAUUUGUCCAGGUUGGUAUUGUAGCGUGGGGUAUUGGUUGUGGUGACGCUAUCCCUGGAGUUUACACAUCAGUGGAACAUAUUGGAUGUUGGAUAGAUUAUACUCUCAAGUGCAAACUUGGAGAUAAUUAUCAACUCAGAUAUGGUACUGAGUGUACUCCAUGGCUCCAGGGUAAACAGAAUAACCCCAAAUCCGCAACUGCGUACAAGUGUACUGUACAGUGGACAGACAGGGAGAGAUCAGUUGAUGACUACUUGUCAGGUGGAGGUGAGGCAGGACAAAGCCUGCCGGAGAAAAUUCAGAUCCCUGCUGGAUAUUAAUUAUUUAGAAAUGA